AGGGGAGGCAGCGGCGGAUAAAUGCUAUUAGAGCAGCCGCCGCGGAGCCGUCCCCGACGCCACCUCCUUCCCCUCCGCUCCGGUUUCCUCCACUGCUGCCGGGGGUGCAGAGCUGAGGGGACAGGGCGAGCGCGCCGCGCAUCACCCCGCCGGCUCUCCUCCGUUGCUCCGUUCCGCUCUCAGGGGUCGGCCGAGCGCCCCCUCUACCGGCCCGGGCGGGGCCGAGAAUCACCUCAGGAGCACGGGGAGGGGGCCUAGGGGCCGCGGCCUGCACUCCCGGCGGGCGGUUGAGGGUGAAGGAGGCCCUCCCUUCUGACGAGGGGAGGGAGGGUCGGGAGCCCCCCCCCCCCCACCGUCCAGCUGUGCCCGGGGCGGGCGCCGGCGAGGGCCGGGCUGCGAGAGGGGCGGUUGCUGGGGGAGGGGGUGCGGGGUGAUUUAGCGCCCGGCGAGGCGGAAGCGGCCGGAGUAGGAGAAGGAGGGGGGAGAGACCAGUCCGCGCCUGGGCGCCCGGGGUGGCACGAGCCCGCGGCCCGAGUGCGAGGCGGAGGCGAGGAGGCCGCGGGGACUGGAGGCGAGGCCGGCCGGGCCCCCGCAGCCAUGGAGAACGCGCACACAAAGACGGUAGAGGAAGUGCUGGGUCACUUCGGCGUCAACGAGAGCACAGGGCUGAGCCUGGAGCAGGUCAAGAAGCUCAAGGAGAGAUGGGGCUCCAACGAGUUACCGGCUGAAGAAGGAAAAACCUUGCUGGAACUUGUGAUUGAGCAGUUUGAAGACUUACUAGUUAGAAUUUUAUUGUUGGCAGCAUGUAUAUCUUUUGUUUUGGCUUGGUUUGAAGAAGGUGAAGAAACAAUUACAGCUUUUGUAGAACCCUUUGUGAUUUUACUUAUAUUAGUAGCCAAUGCAAUUGUGGGUGUAUGGCAGGAAAGAAAUGCUGAAAAUGCAAUCGAAGCCCUUAAGGAGUAUGAGCCUGAAAUGGGCAAAGUGUAUCGACAAGACAGGAAGAGUGUACAGCGGAUUAAAGCUAAAGACAUAGUUCCUGGUGAUAUUGUAGAAAUUGCUGUUGGUGACAAAGUUCCUGCUGAUAUAAGAUUAACUUCCAUCAGAUCUACUACUCUAAGAGUUGACCAGUCAAUUCUCACAGGUGAAUCUGUCUCUGUCAUCAAGCACACUGAUCCUGUCCCUGACCCACGGGCCGUCAAUCAAGAUAAGAAGAACAUGCUCUUUUCUGGUACAAACAUUGCUGCCGGCAAAGCCAUGGGAGUGGUGGUGGCAACUGGAGUGAACACUGAAAUUGGCAAGAUCCGGGAUGAAAUGGUGGCCACGGAACAGGAGAGAACACCCCUCCAGCAGAAACUAGAUGAGUUUGGGGAACAGCUGUCCAAAGUCAUCUCCCUUAUAUGCAUUGCAGUCUGGAUCAUAAACAUUGGACACUUCAAUGACCCAGUUCAUGGAGGCUCCUGGAUCAGAGGUGCUAUUUACUACUUUAAAAUUGCUGUGGCCCUGGCUGUAGCAGCCAUUCCUGAAGGUCUGCCUGCUGUCAUCACCACCUGUCUGGCUCUUGGAACUCGCAGAAUGGCAAAGAAAAAUGCCAUUGUUCGAAGUCUCCCUUCCGUGGAAACCCUUGGUUGUACUUCUGUUAUCUGCUCAGACAAGACUGGUACACUGACAACGAACCAGAUGUCAGUCUGCAGGAUGUUCAUUCUGGACAAAGUUGACAGUGAUACUUGUUCCCUUAAUGAGUUUACCAUAACUGGAUCAACAUAUGCACCUAUCGGAGAAAUACAUAAAGAUGAUAAACCAGUGAAUUGUCAUCAGUAUGAUGGUCUUGUGGAAUUGGCAACAAUUUGUGCUCUCUGUAAUGACUCUGCUUUGGAUUACAAUGAGGCGAAGGGUGUGUAUGAAAAAGUUGGAGAAGCUACAGAGACUGCUCUCACUUGCCUGGUAGAGAAGAUGAAUGUAUUUGAUACUGAAUUGAAGGGUCUUUCUAAAAUAGAACGAGCAAAUGCCUGCAACUCGGUCAUUAAACAGUUGAUGAAAAAAGAAUUUACUCUAGAGUUUUCACGCGAUAGAAAAUCGAUGUCGGUUUACUGUACACCAAACAAACCAAGCCGGACAUCGAUGAGCAAAAUGUUUGUGAAGGGUGCCCCCGAAGGUGUCAUUGACAGGUGUACCCACAUUCGAGUUGGAAGUACUAAAGUCCCCAUGACUCCUGGAGUCAAACAGAAGAUCAUGUCUGUCAUUCGGGAAUGGGGCAGCGGCAGCGACACACUGCGAUGCCUGGCUCUGGCCACUCACGACAACCCACUGAGGAGAGAAGAAAUGAACCUGGAGGACUCUGCCAACUUUAUUAAAUAUGAGACCAAUCUGACUUUUGUUGGCUGUGUGGGCAUGCUGGACCCUCCAAGAAUUGAAGUGGCCUCCUCUGUGAAGCUGUGUCGGCAGGCAGGCAUCCGGGUCAUCAUGAUCACCGGUGACAACAAGGGCACCGCUGUGGCCAUCUGCCGGCGCAUUGGCAUCUUCAGGCAGGACGAGGAUGUGACGUCAAAGGCCUUCACGGGUCGGGAGUUUGAUGAGCUCAGUCCUUCAGCCCAAAGAGAAGCCUGCUUGAAUGCCCGCUGUUUUGCUCGAGUUGAACCUUCCCACAAGUCUAAAAUUGUAGAGUUUCUUCAGUCUUUUGAUGAGAUUACAGCCAUGACUGGAGACGGUGUGAAUGAUGCUCCUGCUCUGAAGAAAUCUGAAAUCGGCAUUGCCAUGGGCUCUGGCACCGCGGUGGCUAAAACCGCCUCUGAGAUGGUCCUGGCUGAUGACAACUUCUCCACCAUCGUGGCUGCCGUGGAGGAGGGACGGGCGAUAUACAACAACAUGAAGCAGUUUAUCCGCUACCUCAUCUCGUCCAAUGUCGGGGAAGUUGUUUGUAUUUUCCUAACAGCAGCCCUUGGAUUUCCUGAGGCUUUAAUUCCUGUCCAGCUGCUCUGGGUCAAUCUGGUGACAGAUGGCCUGCCUGCCACUGCACUGGGGUUCAAUCCUCCUGAUCUGGACAUUAUGAACAGACCACCCCGGAACCCAAAGGAACCACUGAUCAGUGGGUGGCUCUUUUUCCGUUACCUGGCUAUUGGCUGUUAUGUUGGCGCUGCUACCGUGGGUGCUGCUGCGUGGUGGUUCAUUGCUGCCGAGGGUGGUCCGAGAGUGUCCUUCUACCAGCUGAGCCAUUUCCUACAGUGUAAAGAGGACAACCCGGACUUUGAAGGAGUAGAUUGUACCGUCUUUGAAUCCCCAUACCCAAUGACAAUGGCGCUCUCUGUUCUAGUAACCAUAGAGAUGUGCAACGCCCUCAACAGCUUGUCUGAAAACCAGUCCCUGCUGAGGAUGCCCCCUUGGGAGAACAUUUGGCUCGUGGGCUCCAUCUGCCUGUCCAUGUCACUCCAUUUCUUAAUCCUCUACGUGGAACCCUUGCCACUUAUCUUCCAGAUCACACCACUGAAUUUGACCCAGUGGCUGAUGGUGCUGAAAAUCUCCUUGCCUGUGAUUCUAAUGGAUGAGACCCUCAAGUUUGUGGCCCGCAACUACCUAGAACCUGGUAAAGAGUGUGUGCAGCCUGCCACCAAAUCCUGCUCGUUCUCAGCAUGCACCGAUGGGAUCUCCUGGCCCUUUGUGCUGCUCAUAAUGCCCCUGGUGAUCUGGGUCUAUAGCACAGACACUAACUUUAGUGAUAUGUUCUGGUCUUGACUGACAGUUUUGCAUAAAGGUGAUGUUUAACUUAAUCAAUUAAUUUUUUUAUUGUUUAAAGCAACUGUCUAUUUCUGCUGAAUUUUCACAUGAACAUACUGGCUGGUGAAGGAGGUUUCAUACUCUAGAUUUUGUUUUGCUUUUUCUGACUCCAGUGGGGCAAGAUUUUCCUUUUUUAUACACAUAAUUAAAGUGUCCAUUGACAUGUACAGAGAACUAACACUAUUUUAUGCAAAUAUUUUUUUGUAGAUGAAAAAGCAUGUACAGUGUUCUGUUUAAUACUCAUCCUUGUAUAAAAAAAUAGUUGAGCCAGCAGACAUUGUCAGCAAAUUAAUUGGCAGCAGAUUUUAGGAAAUGAAUGUGUGUGGUUUUUUUCUAAAACUAAAUAGCAUGUAUUGUGUCUUUUGCAUGAUCAUCUGGAUUUAAUCUGAGAUCACAGUCUAAUUUUUAUUCAUAAGCCAAUUUUUCUGCACUGAGCAGAGUACUGCUACCUCAGUCAGUAUUUUUUUUUGGUUUGCCCCACCCCCACCCCUUCACCCCUUGGCCCUUGUUCACCUCCACCCCACCUCCACCCCCACCCCGCUCGGCUGCUUCUCCUGUAGGGUUUUGAUGGUUCUGUUUACAUCAGUCUUAACAAGAGGUAUGCUUGUUCUCGCUUGUGCAGAAAACAUUGUUCCAGAUUCAAUCGACCAGGUUCAUGUCCCCUCACAUAGUUUUUAAGGUUAUUUAUUUAAAUGUCUAAUGUAUUUUAUUGUAACAGACAUUGUUUUGCCAACAUUGCCUAUUUCAGUGGCACUUCACAAUCUAGUUUAAAAAGAAAAAUAAAACAUUUUAAAUGGACAGAGAAAAAUAACUGUCUUGUUUUUAACUCUUAAGUGGCUUAGUUUGAACUAACAGAUGUCCAACUUUCUCUUAAGUUCUUAGUUUUACUUUUAGUUUUACUGUGCUUGAGGGGAAGAAAGAUCCUGUUCUGCUGCAUAGGUGGUUGUAGGAAUUUUAUUUUUAGUGUAUAGGCACUAAUUGUUAUCUGUGAUACAUUUUUAUGCAAGUUUCUGCUGGCCUGUUUUAGCCUGGUGUAGAGGACAUAAGGGCAAGUGUGUAUGUGUGUGUAUGUGUGUGUAUGUGUUUUGUAAAAUCUGUAAAUAGCACAUGACCAAAUGAACAUACUGUAUAGAACUAUUUUUAUUUGAAUGUGGCACUAACCACCACCAUCGUUACUAUGAUAAAUGUUUGCGCAUGUUCGAGAUCAGUCUUAACCAACAGUGUGUAAGUCAUUAACAGUCCUAACUGUGGUGUUUUCCUCCAAUGCCUUCCAACAUCCAUCAACUAACGUGAGUAUUCCCUGAAAUUUGGAUGCUUUAGCCUAAAGGUUACUGCCACUAAAUGAGCUGGCUAUAUGACACUAAUGAGUAAGCCCCUUACGUCAGGCACCCUGAGAGCAGCGGGCAUACGACUUUACGUGGCGCCUGUGGGCUGGGGUAGCUGUUCUCGACGCCACCCACUGCCUAGGAUAACAGCACAGCCACAUGUCAGUUGGGGAGGGCCUGGGGGAAGAGAAGGUAGUUCUGCUUUGGUCAGACUGACAGGUGCCUUCACAAAUGCCAAGAUGAGGAUUCACAAAAAACUUGUCAUGGUUCCUUUGAUCUUUGUUAGCUGCAAGGACUUGUCCCAGAAUCUUGCUACCUGGUUCAAUAAAAAGCAAAAAGUGAGUGAAGCAAGUAACCAAUAAACUCAUGCAUCAUUUGUUGCAUGACUUUUUUCUUUUUACGGCUGCGCUGCGCGGCUUGUGGGAUCUUAGUUCCCUGACCAGGGACUGAACUCGGGCCCCGGCAGUGAGAGCACUGAGUCCUAGCCACUGGGCUGCCAAGGAAUUCCCUGGUUCAUUUUAAAUAGGCCACCUUUUUCCACCUUCUGGGUCAUACUCUUUGCGGCUGAGAUUUAACUGUGCUUUAAUGUACCCUGGAGAGAAAAGAUACUGGCCAUAGUUUCUGCUCAGCUAGCAAACAACCAGCCCCAUCAUUAGCCAGGGUGAAGCAGGGCCUAGGCAGCAGCUCGUAUUCAGGGUGGUAGCUCCCUGCACGUGAAGCCCCGAGAGUUCUUGUGGGUACUUGAAGGUACUUGGGCCCUAGCUGGAUACAGGGCCAGCCAGAAGACAUGAUGUAAAUGCUGAGCGUCUGGGGAAAGGUUAACAGGUAUCAAGCAGGACAAGGUGCUGCGAAGUUAAGAGGUCUCCAUGUAAGGGGGUAGAAAGGGCACAUGGAGGCGGAUUCUUAAUUUAGAGUCCUGGCCUGGCUCAUGGAGGCCUCUCAGAGGAGGAGGAGCUGGUUUGGUUGGCAGAGAAUGUAGGGGAUACAUUUUGCCAAUUUUAGUGUUAUGGGGUGUGUAGAAACAGGUUGAGCAGAUCAAAUGCAAGGAGUGUGUCUCGGCUGCAAACCAAACCAGGGUGUCUGAGCUUGUUGGGUGGGGUGCCAUUCAGUGGUCAACUUUUCCUGACUCCAUUCCUUGAUUAUUAUUGGCCCUUGCAAAGUAAGUUGAAUGGUAUGGAAGGCUAUUACCUUGUGCUUUCUCAGCUUCAGGCCUGUCCAGCCCACAGAGGUGGUUUAGGCACCCAUUUCCCUCAACUCAGACAGCUGGGAGUGGGAAAGACCCAGCGGUGCAGAGUCCUUUUGUCUGCUCUGUUUCAGGCUUCGCCGCCAAAAAACGUCUGCUUGGCACCUCCUCAGUAGUUAGUGCUGCUGUGGGCACAUCCCUGGCCUCUGUCCUAUAGGGAGCAGCAGGUACCCAGCCCCAUCCUCACCAAGUACCCACAGGAAGGCACCGUUGGCCUCUCUGCUUCUGCUGCUAUCAGUAGCUGGAUAGGACGGCAGCAUCCUCAGACCCAUCAUGUUACAUGCUCUCAGGCAGCUCUUGCCUGAAACUUGCUCCAGGUUCUUUCUCAACGGGCAAGUGGGCUGAAGGCCCAUCCCAUCAGUGUUCUGUUUUUUUGCCACCCCAUGCCCAGACUGACCUCUUUAGUAGAGCUUUACCCUUUGCCCAGGAGAUGGCAGUCUUACACGUUUCCUAAGUGGGGUACUGUGCCAGCAGCUCAUUCUGCAUCUGUACAGUGCAGGUGACACGUUGGGUAGGGAGAGCUGCAGGAGCUCAGAGACAAGCAGGGCAACUGCCACCUUCCCUCACAAGCAGCACCUGCCACAUUACCUUCAAACUGGGGCCUCAGGCCCCUGAAUGUCUGUGUGGUGGGCAGACCUCAGGAAUAUCCAAGACCACAAGCGUUAUUAGCUCAGUGUCUGCCAAGCCUGUUGUGUCUGCAGGGCGGAGGCACCAAAUUGUGUCAAAACCACCACCCUGCAUGUGAGGGUAAUCUGCAGCCUUUUUUCUUGAAAGGGAACAGUGAUAAGCAGUUCCCCUUCUAGGACUGGAUGCAGCCCAGAGGCUGGCCCCCGGGAAAGGAAGGAGAGAGGCUUGGCGCUGAUUACCACGCUGCUCACUCUGCUUCACCUUCCUUACCCUCUGCACUGCUAACUGAGGACUUCUUAACUUUUGUUAUACCUGAAGCGAUUAAGUGUCUGCCUGGUGGGAUUCUCUGUAGCCAGGUGACAUGAGGGGCCUGUGUUGCUGAGCCAGUGCUUCUGGAUGCUACCCUGUGUAGGCAACCCCUCAGGGACAGUUGAUCAGAAAUGCUAGUCUUAAAAUCUUAAAAGAAUAUUCCUUUUCAUCUGUCACUAUUAAUCUUAAAUUAGUUAUUCUAACAUUUCCUCCCCAUAUUUCAUAAAGCUGAUUUCCUCUCUCUUUCCUUUUCAGCAAUACUGGAGUAACCGCUUCCUAAACCAUUUUGCAGAAAUUUAAGGGUGUUCAGUUGCGUGCAUGUGCGUUUUUUAGCAACACAUCUACCAGCCCUCUGCAUGAUUGAUGUUGGGGGGAAAAAGAAAAUUAGAAAAAACUCCCCAACUCAUUGUGUUAUGUGGAGGAAACGUGUAUUACCAGUGGGGUUUUUAGCUUUUAAAUCAAAAUAAUUACAAAUGUACAGUUUAGCUUAAUGAAUCAGAAAGCCUCUCCAGAGAAAUUUGGUUUCUUUGCUGCAAGAAGAAUGAGGUUCUGAAACCUUAUCCAAGAGCUUAGAAGCCAUCAGCCAAGUCGCCAUAUUUCUCUGUGCAAAAUGUCAUAGCUUAAAUAAAUGUACAAUAUUCAGUUGUAAUGCAUGCCUUCAGUUGUAAGUAGCCAGAUUUCUCUAUGGUGUCAUUGAAACAUGCUACUUUUUAAUUGGCCCUGUACAGUUUGCUUAUUUAUAAAUUUAUUGAAAACACUACAGGUGUUGAAUGGUUAAAAAUGUAGGCUUCCAGUUCAUAACUUCGGUUAUAUUGAGUGUGCAGCUAUUUUGCACUGUAUUAAAUGUAACUUAUUUAAUGAAAUCAGAAGCAGUAGACAGAUGUUGGUGCAAUACGAAUAUUGUGAUGCAUUUAUAUCAAUAAAAUGCUAAACGUCAAUUUAUCAACGCAUGUUUGACUUAGACUGUAAAUAGAAAGCAGUUUGUUUCUGUGCUGGCAACAGGCAUUGCACAGACAUGGUUUCAGGUAAAUAAAUCUAUUCUACGAUAAGU